UGUCAAAACUGUCUAUCAGUGCGUGACAAGCUGCAGUCAAAACUUGUACUCGUUUAUUUACAAGAAAUACUCAUUUAUCUAAACAAUAAUAAUAUUUAUUUGAUUAACUAAAUAACUGAAUUAAACUCAGCACUAUGAACAACGACCUGGAUUUUUUGUUCAAACCGAUAGUCCUGGUGACUGGCUUCGGUCCUUAUUUGAACCACCCGGUGAAUGCGAGCUGGGAGGCGGUGAAGAUCAUGAACAAGGAUGAGAUAGAGAAGAGGCACAAUGUGGAGCUGGUGCUGAUAGAGUUACCGGUCACCUACGACAACGUGGACGAGUUCGUGCCCGCGCUGUGGCAGACACACACUCCUAAGUUGGUGAUUCAUGUGGGAGUAUCGAGCAUAGGGAAGUGCUUACAACUGGAAUCCCAAGCACACAGGAAGGGCUACCAGAAGAAGGAUUACUUUGACAAAAUCCCAGAGAACAGCACCUGCUUGGCUGAGGGAGCAAUAAGGUUGCAUACCAAGUUGAAUGUGGAACAAAUCUGCAAGGAGUUCAAUGGUGACAACGCUCCUGAUGAAAGAUAUAGAGCUGAAGUGUCCUAUGAUGCUGGCAGGUAUCUCUGUGAGUACAUUUACUACACAUCUCUAAGCAUUGACAACACUCGUACCCUAUUCGUCCACGUGCCCGUCAUGGACAUCUACUCCUCAGAGGAGACAGCCAGUGGCCUGGAGCGCAUCCUGGAUCUCUGCAUGGAACAGAUCAAUGAGAGGGGAGAUACAAGUGAAGAGCUUGCCGACAAGCUCAAGAAUGCCAAGGUAGAAUGUGGUGAUAGUAAUAAAUUAUAAUAUUUACUUUGCAUUAUGUAGUAUUUAAUUGUAGUGUAUUAUAGUGUGUAUGAGUAUUAUGUGUAUUGUAUGACAGUUCAGUAAUCAAUUUUCCCACUAAAGGGACAAUCUUGAACAUACUCAUAGUGUAAGAACAAAGUUUUAAUAUUGCAACUACCUACAUACUGUUAGUAGGUCUAUAUUGAUAUUUGUAUUUUCUUUUAUGGAUAUCUUACUAUUUAUACAAUCUUGAAAAAUGACUGAUUGUAAUUAUGAUGCAUUAUUCUCUAGCAGUUGUCAUUUGUCAGUCAUUUUGCUUAUUACAUAUUAUGUAGAUAGAAUUGUAAAAGAAUAUUAUUUAAUUAGUUAAUUGUUCACUUUAUUUAUGUAAGUAUGAUUCAGAUUGUAGCCAUGUAAAAACAAGAAUAUUGUAGUAUUGGUAGUACUUAAUAAUCAAUAACUGCAACUUUUACAAUGUACCUAGGUACAUGUAAGUACGUUACAUAAAACUACGUAACUUAACCAAUUAAUUCCAUACCAGUAAGACUAAUAUUUUAUUGUACACUAUUGAGAAGUUGUUGAAUAAGUAAAUUGUAUGAAGUUAUAAA